AUGAUGCGGGUUCGCACGGCCAUCCUCCUCCUCCUGCUGCACCUUGCUGUCCUCUGCCUGCUCGAGUCGACGUCAUCGAUGCCGGACGGGCAGCAGGCUGCGGCCGCGCGGCAUCGGCGGCGGCAGGUGCUGUUGCGGGAGAAGGCCACCCUGCUGGCCCUGAAGCGGGCGCUCACGCUGCCGCCGGCGGCCUUGCUGGACUGGAACGAGUCCAACGGCCACGUCUGCGGCUUCACCGGCGUCACCUGCCACUGGCGGCGGGAGCACGUCGUGGGGCUCGCGCUCCCCAACAACAUGAGGAUCUCCGGCGCCAUCCCGCCGGUCGUCGGUGAGCUCUCGCGCCUCCGGAGCCUCGACCUGUCGAACAACAGCAUCUCCGGCGCCAUCCCGUCAGCCCUCGGCAACCUCUCGCGUCUCCGGAACCUCAACCUGUCCGUCAACAGCAUCUCCGGCGCCAUUCCUCCGUCCAUCACCAACCUGACGCGCCUCCAGAACCUCAUCGUGUACAAGAAUGUCCUCUCCGGCGACAUCCCCCCGUCCAUCGGCAACCUCACCAGGCUCUACGAGCUCGACAUGUGGAGCAACAACCUCACGGGGCGGAUCCCAGCCGAGCUCUCCAACCUCCGCGGCCUUGGCGUGCUUCAGCUCGACAACAACCAGCUAGGCGGUGCCAUACCACCGUCCCUCGCCAUGCUGGCGGGUAUGUUCUACCUCAGCCUCAAGCACAACGACCUGUCCGGCCCCAUCCCAGCAGCUAUCUUCGUCAACUGCACGGUUCUGGGAGUCAUCGACCUCGGCAACAACAAUCUCUCCGGCGAGAUCCCCAGCGCCGCGUCGGGCACCCUAGCCUACUCGUUCGCCGUCCUCAAUCUCUACUUCAACAGGUUGACGGGGAAGCUCCCGCGCUGGCUCGCCAACUGCACGGAUCUGAUGGUGCUAGACGUGGAGAACAACCGACUUGAUGAUGAGCUCCCCACCAGCAUCAUCUCGGGCAAGAAAUACCUCAUGUACCUGCAUUUGUCCAACAACAAUUUCUGGAGCCAUGACAACAACAGCAACCUGGAGCCAUUCUUCGCCGCGAUGUUCAACUGCUCGUGGCUACAGGAGGUCGAAGCCGGUGCCGUGGGGAUGGGCGGGCAACUGCCAGGCCGGCUCGGCUCCAUGCUGCCUCGCAACAUGUGGCACCUCAACCUCGAGCUGAACGCUAUCAGGGGCCCGAUCCCAGCGUCCAUCGGCGACAUCAUCAACAUGACGGUGAUUAACCUAUCAAGCAACCAGCUGAACGGGACGAUCCUUUUCUAA